UUUUGUUUCGAGAGGGAAUAAUUCCGUAUUUUCAAAUCCUUAAAUUUUGGAUUGUCAGGUUGCCGCCAUGCUGGCUAACUUCAUUGGUGUUUUGAGGCGCUCAAUUUUUCAGGUUAUCUCAAUUUCAAAAAUGGUUUGUUUAAUGGUGUCUUCAUGUGCAAUAUGGAGGGCAACUCCGGAGACGAAAAUUCUGACGACGGGUUGCAAAUUGUUGUUGAUAACCCCCGACCGAAAAAGAGGGCUAAAAGGGAGCUCGACGAAAGAGAUAAAAAGAUAAUUGAAUGCGUUGAGAAACGUUUGGAGGAGAAUCUAGAAGAGAAGGCAGCUAAGGCAAAUUUAACGAGCAAACAUGUUAAAAACAUAAUCAAAGAAGUCGUGACCAAUGAACACGUCCUGGCUUUGGUCAGACAAGUGGAGAGACAAACCGAAGACGACUCUCCAGUGUACGAACCCAAAUUCACCAGGGCUAAGACAAAGCAUUUGUUAACAACAAAUGCGCCAGCUAUACCAUGGAGCAAGACGCCGAAAAAAGUAUCCGCAGUCCAAAAAUUGUUCACUGAGGAGUUGCAGGAAGAGUCAUCUGGGGAUGAAUAUGUUCCCGAUACUCCUUCGAAAAAUACUUCUUUUGAUUGCCAACUUGAAACAACUCAAGGGACUCUAAGGGAUGAAGAAGAGGAGGCAAAUAUUGCCCGAAGGACGAGGUCAAAGUUAAGCCUCAGUCACACCCCUUUGGAAGUGAUUGAAGAAGCAUUCAUACCGCCUGAUAUCACCACUGAUAUGUAUGAUAUGGACUGUGAUGACGACGAAUGGAAGGAAUUUUUGAAAACAUUCACUAAACCUUUAGAUGAAGUCACUAAGGCCGCUGAAGACGAAGACCAAGACCCUGAGUAUAACAUACUCGCAGAUGAAGAAAUUGACGAAGUGGAUACGGAGGAACUACGAGCUGAUCGAGCUGUAACCAUUUCGCGAAAAGAAUUCAACCAACUAAUGACUGAAUUGUUUGAAUUCGCCGAUAAUUACGAAACCAACGAAUUAAAUAAAAAAAAUGCCGAAGAAGUGGCCAACACUAACACUGACGACAAACAGGACACCAAUGUAGAAUCAGAGUGUGAAAAUGACGAAGACAUUUCGAUCAAGAAAAACCAAAUUCCUAUUUUAGUGCAACAAAUGACCCAGCACGUCCAAAUGCUGACACAGAAUUAUUUAAUGAGUUAUGAACAUCCUGAAUAUGCCGAAUUGGCAGAUAAAUUGAAACAAAUGCUUGUAGACUUAAAAAUAGAAGGAGUUGGCAAAACUGCCUCCAUUUACCACGUAGCUAAUUUAGAUCCUGCGUUAAAUUUGAUUGACGAUUGGGAACAAUUAUUCGAAAGUAAAAGCAGCGAGGUGAAGGAAUACAAAGCAUAUGUUGAAAAAGUUCUUUUCAAAUCAAUAGCAUCAAAAAAAGCUGGCACUGAGUACAUUGUAACGUUUCCGACCUUAUACCUAAAAACUGUCUCAAACAGUGAGGUUUUUAUUUAUCCUAAUUUACUUCCGAGAAUUCCAUUUAAAUCGUCUCAAGUCACAAGACGGGCGUAUCAUUAUUUUACUCCCGGAGAGGAAAAUUUAAUAGCCUUAUUUUUGGAGCAAGCAAUCCCGUCUAUGAAACAAGAUCCAGAACACUUAAACAAACACAAGAGAAUUAAUAUGGACCACGUUUGUGGCCUUAUCAAUAAAUUACUGAUGCCUCAUUUGCCCGCGCGCAAAAUUUUAAGACACAUUUGGACCGUAAAAAACACUGAUGAUUCCAAUCCAAUCAAGUUUUUCUACUCGCACAAAAGGGCACCACCUGCAGUACAUUACGUGAUUCCCAUAGAUGUCAACAAUUUGUUACCCCCUUGUAAACAGAGUCCAGAUUCUCUUCCGUACUUGUGGCAACAGUACAACUAUCCAGAUUACAAGCAUCAAAAAUCGAUCGAAAACAACAUUACUGUAAAUAGUAGUCCAAUAAUAGUCGUAAAUCCGCCGGUGCAACUGUGGCCUGUGACUACAAACACGUCGGCGUCCAAUUAUUUACAUUUUUCGAAGAAAAUUAUUGCUAAGAGAAAACUAGAGCCAAACGGGUCGCUUCCUCCGGUACCGGUGCGAAAAACACGACGUAGGGGCCCCAACAAAAAGUCUAGUGCUAACAAAACUGUGGUUAAUAAAGAACUGAUGAUGCUGCCUGAUAUGCCGAGUUUAGGGGGGACCCCAGUCAAAAACACCCCAGAACCAGAGGCAAACCCAAAGGAAGAAGGUACAAACCCGAGCGAGAAACCCCCGGUGCGCCAGAGUUUGUCCUUUGAAAACAUUACCAGUUUCAGUAUUGAGUUCCAAAAGCCUGAUUCAUCGAGACUUACUGAUGCAAACGCAAAGGACAAUCCCGAUGAUAUUAACGAGCUAAUGAUUGCUAGCUCUACUGUUAAAACAAAAAAGGAACCGUCAGGUGCUGAGAAAAAACGGGCGAAAAUGCGGCGAGAAUUCAUCGCUAAUAUCGUUAUGGCCACUCCGGACAAUCCCGAAACGGAGCUUCAAAAGGAAGAAAAUUUUGCAGAAUCGUUUUUUGAUAAACUCCACCAAACGUUAAGCGUGGAAGAUUACGAGAAGCUUAUUAAUAUUUUGGGGCAUUAUGACGAAAACAGCGGUCAGUUUGUAGAUCUGUACAAAAAUGUUCAAUCGAUUCUGUUUCCAAAGUACAAGGAGUUAUCUGAGGAAUUUCUCCUCUUUCUCACUGAAAUUCAAGCCAAGAAGGUGGGCCAACUUAUGCCUUAUUUCCUAAUGAAGGACAUGCAUCGUUUCGUGAAAAAAUUGCACAUUUAUUUCAAAGAUCAGCCCUCGCAGUUGAGGAAAGUUAUCAAGUGUAUCAGCGAUUUGACGGAAAAUCCUGACCUAACACUGGAGAACAUCAAAGACACGGUUUUACCGCUAUUUAAAGGCAAUGCGGCUUUGACUGAUUGGUUUUUACAAAUUUUCCCAUACGAGAGGCCCCCUAAACUUUUAACAGGGAGGCCCCAUGAGGUCAUAGACUGGUCAAAAGAACUGGCAAGGCCGCCGGAUUCCGAAAUUUGCGAAACUGUGGUAUUUCCAGACACUGAUGACCCCUACGGGGGGCAUAGUUGUGUCUGCACUUGUCACAAUGGUGAAAAUUUACAAUUCAAAACGAGGUCGCAACAUUGUAAUAAUUGUGGAUUAAAGUUUAUUCAAGGAAAAAUUUUUAUUAAUAAUGGGAAAAGUUUGCGGCCUGCGGUCGUUUCAUUUCUCACAAAUCCGGAAAAAGACCACACGAUACGCUUAAGUGCUACGCCCCCAAGAAAACGCUCAGAUUCGAGUCCGAGCAAACAAGUGGUGUCACCUACUAAAGAAAAUCACACCGUGGAGGAACCUCGGCAGAGCCACGAAAGUGAGGAAGAAUGUGACGGAACAAAGAAAAAGAAAACGAAAGCACCGCGAAAGCGGAAAGUAAAUCCCGGAAAACCGGCCGCUAAAGCCAAAAAAGAACCCAAGCCAAAGCCGGUCAAGAGUUCGCCAAAACGGCAAAACAAAAAGCGCGCUCCUAAAAAGCCGCCUGAACAUAAACCUGGGUCAAAAGCCGGUCAAGCAAAGCGACCAGCCGAACAAGAAAUCGAAUAUUCCGAACCAGCGGAAUUUGUUGAAUUGAAAGUCAGUUCAGACCAUAGCGGGGAAUCUGGAACCGAGUGCUUUGGGUCGUCCCAAGAAGCCACAAAUACCGACAGUGAGGACGUGGUCGAUUCAACAAAAGUAAGUUUGCAACAAAACGCCGCGUGGAGUCGGGAGGAGGACAAGACUAUUUUACAAGCGUUUAAAGAACGGAGUGAUAACGAGGAAACCUUUAAACACAUUUCGGAAGUGUUACAAAACCGAUCCGUUGCUGAAAUUAAGAACAGGUUCCACAAACUGAUGAGUUUGUUGCAAAAAAUGGCGUCAAAUUCUUCCUGCCACUAAAAUCCGGGGUCCCAAGAGGUCACUUGAGGUACUGUUACUUUGUGGUAACAAAUGAUCGUGUCACCGGGUUGGAACACAAUUGUUUUGUCUUGGAGCUGAAGACCGCACUCGAGGUCAGUUUUAAUCGAAUCAACUUCGUUUUUCAGGUGUCUCAUUGACGACAAUUGGCCUAGAAAAAACAUAAUUGCUCUGUUUGAAAAAAAAAGAAUUUCCCACCCUCAUGUAUGACUUGUCCGUUUCUUACAACUCUAUACAAUGCCGAUUUUCUUAACGUCCCCUUGACACAUCUACACCCCGCCACCGGCACUUUUUUCCUCCCUUGAUUGAUCUCAAAUUGCUGCAAAACUGUCGCCUCACCUAAAACUUCUUCCUGUUCUUUUUGAGGUAGUCUACUGUUUAUUUCUUCUUUCACAUCGUCAACUAGUUUGUAAAUUACGUUAUGAAACUUUAUGUUAACACCUGAGUUUUCGGCCAACUCUUGAAUAUUUUUCGGACAAGUUGUAUUGAAUGCGUAAAUAAUUCCUUUGAAAGUUUGCGCUAAUUCAAUAUCGUUUUCACUCACAGCGCCCACUCCAUAAUGAACCAAGUCCAUUUUGCAUUCAGGGGAGUCGUAAGUGUCUAAAGCGUUCAAUAUAGCCUCCAAAGUACCGUCUACGUCACUCUUUACAAUGAUAUUCAAACUCGGAGUUGGGUCAUCAUCUAUGAAAAUUAUUUAGGCGACUAUCAAUUUUUUUACAAAUAAUGUACCUUUAGGAAUUUCUGGCGCCCUUGGCCCUUCUCUCCUCAAUUUAAACCUCCCCAAACUUCUCUUCAACUGCAAUCUCUCUCUAUACUCCUUUUCGUGAUGGGCUUGUUUUUCCGCAAUAACCACAGCGUCUUGUUCUUGUUUCUCCAUUUCUAACUUGCUUUCGCGAACUUUAAUAACGUCCUUCGCCCUUUUUUCCGAUUCUACUUCCAGUACCAGUUCACCGGGAGAAGGUAGAUCCUUCCAACCCUCUAUUUCUGUAGGGUACCCUGGAGGUACCUCAUUCAUUAUUUGACCAUCUGCGUUUCUAAGAACUCGAACUCUGCCCAUACAAACGCCCGCAACCAAAAUGUUGCCCUUUUUUAAGGUUCCUACAAUUGUUUUAUUUGUGAGAGCCAACGGUGGAUAAAUUAGGCGGCGAAACCACACUCAAUAUGUUGUGCUCCUUUUUUACCUCGUUUUUUAACGUUUUUAUUUCGUAAAAGUAAUCGUUUGUUUUAAUGGCAUUCAGAAAAAUCUUAAACAUCUUUGAUUUUUUGUCGUUGCUAUCAAAAUUUAUUUAAUAUAAUUUAAUUUGUAAAAAUCUUUUCUGUAAUGUAAUGUUUUGACGUCGUUUCACCUCCUAAUUUUAAUUUAAAUCGGUCACCUCUUUGCACUAUCACUGUACACAGCUUCCCCCUGUGAGGGUCUAACUUGCUCUCCACCACAACGGCCUCAACCAACCCUUUAGGGUCAGCCCCGAUUUCGAGCAAAUCCGCUUGCAAAACCAAAGCUUCCGCCAACUGAUUCAAAUUUUGCUUUUUGAGCGCGGAAACCGGUAUAGCUUGCACUUCCCCACCCAACUUUUCGAUUUGAAUCCCGGCCUCAAGCAACAUUUGUUCAGUCCUCUCAACAUCGGCUUUAGGAGAAUCGAUUUUAUUAAUAGCCACAAGAAUUGGCACUAAAACAUUUAUUUGAAAAUCAGUUUUGGGCGAAUAAGUUGUAAACCUUUGGCCUCCCUGGCCAUGCGAACGGACUCCAGUGUCUGCUCCAUGACGCCAUCAUCUGCCGCAACCACCAAGACCACAAUAUCGGUCAAAUUCGCCCCUCUUGCCCUCAUCGCGCUGAACGCCGCGUGUCCCGGAGUGUCCAAGAAGGUGAUUUUGGCCCCCGAGUCGAGCACCACCAGAAAAGCCCCAAUGUGUUGCGUUAUUCCCCCGAAUUCCUGGUCGACGACACUGGAGUGGCGCAAGGCGUCAAGCAGUGUUGUUUUCCCGUGGUCCACGUGACCCAUCACUGUGACGACAGGGGGGCGACUCUUCAGUUCGGAUUUUGAGGGGGGCGGUCGUGGAAAUGCGUCUUUUUCAAUAAUUUGGACCUCAAUGUCGUUUGUAGGCUUCGCGAUUAUUUUCAUGCGGCGGCCGCUACGGCGUAUGCCCUGUUGGAGGAACUUCAUGUCGCUGAUUACGGUUUUGGGGCUCUUCACUUCGUGCAAAAAAAUCUCUCUGACGUAGUUUACGUCUUUGUUUAGCACUUUGGCGAGCUCUUCCACUGUUAUGUCUUUCCAUACUUCGACGAUUUCGCCCUUGACUUUGUGGUAUUCCAAUACUCGGUCUGCUUUCUACAAAAUUACAGAAUUAUUGGGCCUUAUGGAGUAUCAUAAUAACAUACUUUUUCCUCGCCGGUUUUACGUCUUUUAAAAGACACCGAGCUUGUGUGAAGUUGUAAAACGUAGUUUUGGCAACAACCAACUAAAUUGAUAUUGUGUUUAAGUUUUUUAAACGUUAUAUAAGAGAAUCUAAAGAAUAACGAUAAAUUAGAACAGGGGCUGUGUGGUUGCACUAAGUUACCUCUGAGUACUAUUAUAUGAACUAAAAGUUUUAAUAGAAGGACCUAAAAGAGGUUUAAGUUUUAAAAACCUCAUAUUCAGUGCCAUUUAAUUGUAAUAAAUAAAUAAACUUUUUUUGCACAUGAGAGAAAAAGUUGGGUUAAGUGGUUCCAUCAGUUCAAAUAGCGGAGUUCGCGGCAGUUCAGAUGAACCGAAAGAUGGUAGUUCCGAAAUCCUUUGAUUUAAAUUAUUUUUUGCAAGUGUUUUCAAAUAUGUGUAAAAUAAUAACAUUAAUAACUGAGUCUGUGUUAUUAAUUAUAUUUUUAAAAUAUAGAUUUAUUACUUUAUUAGGCUACGCAGUUAAUUCGUUUUGGCAGAAUAUGCCGACAAUUUUUUAUUUAAAUUAUUUUAUGGUUUAAAUCUUUUUGGUUCCCACAUUGCCAUAUUUAGUUAUAUCACAGAUUUUUUCUCUUUUUUUCUAAUUAUCAUUGCUUACCUCAUUCUUAUUUUUUUUCUAGAAAAGGGUAACGGACGUAUUAUUUAGGGAUUUUAAAUGAAACCAUCAACAAUAUUGCUAACAACUGAUUUAUUAUGUCAUACAUCCAUUUAUAAACAAUAAGUCUUAAAUAAAUUAUUACUGGCAGUACAAAAAGGCACAGUUUUGUAGGAAAUGUUAAUUCAUAAUGUAUGCCAUACUUACUAAAAUUUGUUUUACGACAGUUAUUACCACUUUAUUACAAUUACUUUGUACUAAACAAUCUCCAGUUUGUCUAAAAUAAAUUUUACCUAAAAGUGAUGACAGUGCUGCCUAUGGAAUCAUCUGACUGAAUAUGAUUCAAGGCAAUUUCGAUAUCUUGGGGAUGAAAGACUUUAUCAACAACUGUCUGAAGAAACCCAUUUUCGACCAUUUCAGACAAUUCAUCCAAGGUUACAUAACACAUAUGGCCUUCAUCGUAAUCGUUCAGGGAGAGCCCCAAAAUUUU